UCCACUGAGAGCACAGCGAUGCUCCACCAAAUCCCCAAGUCCUCUCUCCUUUCCUCUUUCUCUGCAACUGAAAGACCCUAAAAAAUUCCAUCUUUUUCGUUGCUUUCAUCUGAUUUUCACUGCAAUUUGGCGUCUCCAGAUCUGCUAGUGAACUUGGAGUAUGGGUGCAUUUUGCUGCUGCCCAUGUGGGGAGGAUUUUGAAGAAUAUGCUCAUCCAAGCAGUUCGAUUUAUAGACACUGCAUAUGUCUCAGAUACUUCUUUCAUCAGCUGUUUAGUGGGUUUAUGUUUCAAAGGCUUGAAGGGAGAGCAGUCACUUCAUCUUCCCAAGGAGUGCCACCACUGACAUCGACAGGACUCAGUAACCCAUCAGCUGACAGUUCCUUCUCUGAGACCCACCACCUUCUUCCGAGACCUGCCCCUUAUGAUACAGAUUCUAGGUAUUCCCGUUUACAACGUGAUGGGCUUGUCUCAAGACGUGAGAAAUCUACGAGCCAUAUACAAGAGGAUUCACAAUUGCUUACUAGAAGCAGUAGUAGUUCAUGUGUGGAAAAUCUGGGUUCAGGGAAGAAGAAAAACAGUGCAGAUGCAGAAGAAGAGUGUAAAUCUUGCCGCUCUGAGUCAGCGAGAUUUACAUCUGCAAAAGGUUUAUAUGGUACAGGUUACAUUUUGGCUACCUCAGAAGAUGAAGAUGUCUGCCCUACUUGUCUUGAUGAAUAUACUCCUGAGAAUCCAAAAAUUAUUACUAAAUGCGCUCACCAUUUUCACCUGGGCUGUAUAUAUGAGUGGAUGGAAAGGAGUGAAUUUUGUCCGAUCUGUGGCAAGGAGAUGGAGUUCUGUGAGAGCCCAUAAAAUUGAGGUGAUUCCAGCUUUGUGUCCAAAAUUCAGAGGGGAAGCUGGCAGAGAGUGUAAAUAAAAUACCGGAGGUUGGAUGCAUAAUAAGAUUUAGGCUGAGGGUGCAGUGUGCCGAUCAGCGACACCUACA